UUUCCUCCGCGGCGUGGCCGUGGGAGCCGCGUCGCCCAGCCUGGCCUUGCCGUGGCCUUGCCGUGGCCUUCGGGCUGUGAUCCGAAGUGCACCUAAGCGAGGAGCGAGCGCACACUGGAGACGGGAAUGGAGCUGUGAUGCGCCCGGAAGCAAGCGCAGGCCACACCUCGGGCUGCCCUGCGCGCAGACCCCGCGUCUGCACGCGUCCGAGCGGUUUCUUUCUAGAGCGUGAGAGUCGGAGCCGGAUGGCCCGCAUGCUGUCUCCCCGCAGGUUUCACCGGGGAUAGAAACACGUAUGCAGGAUCAGUGGUACAUUCUAUGCAGGAAAAGAAACAAGGAUGUGCUGGCAGGCAUUUUUAACCUUUUUGUUUCGAGAACACUAAGUAUGUAGGAUUGCAGCAGAGAGCCAUGAAGAAAUAACCCCUGCUGUGGUAAAGCCUUAAAUUCCAGCAGUAGCGCCUCGUUUGACUAGUCAGGACUGUAAGUGAUCCGAAAAAUGUAAAUGAUUUCCUUCAGGAGAAGCAGAAAUGAAGGUGCACGUGCACACGAAGUUCUGCCUUAUCUGCCUGCUGACGUUCAUUUCCCAUCACUGCAGCCACUGCCACGAAGAGCAUGGCCACGGAGAGCACGGCCACGGAGAGCACGGCCACGGAGAGCUCCCCGAGGAGCUGCACAGACACCAUCGCGGGGUGACGGAGCUGGAGCCUAGCAGGUUCUCCCUGCAGGAUGCCGAGAACGAGCAGAGAUACUACAUCGAAAGACUCUUCGACCGCUACGGUGAAAACGGAAGGUUAUCCUUUCUUGGUCUGGAGAAACUUUUAACGAACUUGGGCCUGGGAGAGAUCAGAGUGGUGGAGCUCAGUCAUGAGGACCUGGGCCACGAUCAUGUGUCUCACCUGGACAUGCUGGCCGUCCAGGAGGGCCGGCACUCCCACUCCCGCAGCCACCAGCACACUCGUGGUGCUGUAAACCCAGACAACCAAACUGUGACCACUGUGACAGCACGCAGAAACCACAAAUGUGACCCUGAGAAGGAGACCCGGGAAGCAUCUGCCAAGUCUGAUGACAAACAUGCCCACGACCACAGCCACCGCCCCCGCCACCACCAUCGCUCCCACCACCACGUGGACCACAACAGCACACGCCACGCUCGGAAUGACUCUGCCACCCGUGGGCAGCGGGGGGAGCCAAGCCGCGCGCCAUCCACAGAGGCCAACAAGACGCAGGAGCAGGCAGAACUGAAGCCCCGGAAAGGACGGAAGGACAAAGGGAGGAAGAGUAGCGAGAACUCGGAAGUCAUCACGCCAGGCCUUCCCCCUGCCCACGCCCAGGGCGAGCCCUAUGAACAUAAUCGGGUGCAUAAGCCAGAGCGUGGGCAUAACCCCAGCCACAGCCACACCCACCCAGAGCACAGCGGGCACGACCCCGGGCAUGGCCACCAGGACUAUGUGCCCGACGAUGAAGGCGAGUUUCGGCACGCCCGGAAGCGGGAGGCACCGCAUGUUAAAAAGAGUGCGGUGUAUUCGGCUUCCAGUCACAAGGACCAUGGUGAGGCUGACCAUCACCACGAGUGUCUGAACGGCACUCAGCUGCUGAAGCACUUUGGUCAUGGAGCCAACACCCCCAUCUCGCCCGCGCUGUUCACUUACCUGUGCCCUGCGCUGCUAUACCAGAUUGACAGCAGACUCUGCAUCGAGCAUUUCGACAGGCUUCUAGUGGAAGAUUUGAGUAAGGAGAAGCAUCUCAUUCCUGAAGACAAGGCGAACAUAGGGGCGUCAGCAUGGGUCUGUGGCAUCGUCUCCAUCACUGCCAUCAGCCUCCUGUCCUUGCUCGGCGUGAUUCUGGUUCCCAUCAUCAAGCAAGGCUGCUUCAAAUUCCUGCUCACAUUCCUGGUUGCUCUGGCCGUGGGAACCAUGAGUGGAGACGCCCUCCUUCACCUGCUGCCCCAUUCGCAGGGUGGACACGGGCACGGCCAUCACCACGCACACGGCCACGGGCACAGCCACUCUCACGCGCACGAGGCCAAGAGCUUUGUGGAGGAGUACGAUGCCGUCCUGAAGGGCCUGGUCGCGCUGGGCGGUAUUUACGUGCUAUUCAUCAUUGAGCACUGCAUUAGGAUGUUCAAGCACUACAAGCAACAGAGGGGAAAGCAGAAGUGGUUCAUAAAGCAGAGCACAGAAGAGUCAGCUAUUGGAAGGAAGCUUUCGGAUCACAAGUUAAACAACACGCCCGACGCCGACUGGCUCCAGCUCAAGCCUCUUGCCGGGACAGACGACUCGGUUGUUUCUGAAGAUCGCCUCAAUGAGACUGAACUGACAGACCUAGAGGGCCAGCCGGAGUCCCCUCCUAAGAGCUACCUGUGCAUGGAGGAGGCGAAGACCACUGACUGUGCCCGCAGCGAUGGGCUGCAUGCCCCCCACGCCACCAUGCACAACCACCAUGGCGGGAGCAAGGCCGCGCCACGGAAGCAUGGCCACCAGUGGCACCAUAAGCAUGCGCACCACUCACAUGGACCCUGCCAUUCAGGCUCCGACCUCAAGGACACGGGCAUCGCCAGCAUUGCCUGGAUGGUCAUCAUGGGGGACGGCAUCCACAACUUCAGUGACGGGCUCGCCAUCGGAGCGGCGUUCAGUGCUGGGCUGACGGGAGGAAUCAGCACUUCUAUAGCUGUCUUUUGCCAUGAGCUGCCACACGAACUAGGUGACUUCGCCGUCCUCCUGAAGGCCGGCAUGACGGUGAAGCAGGCCAUCGUGUACAACCUCCUGUCCGCCAUGAUGGCCUACGUGGGCAUGCUUAUCGGCACAGCCGUGGGCCAGUACGCCAACAACAUCACGCUCUGGAUCUUCGCUGUAACUGCAGGCAUGUUCCUCUACGUGGCCCUGGUGGACAUGCUCCCAGAGAUGCUGCACGGUGAUGGCGACAAUGAGGAACACGGCUUCUGCCCCGUGGGGCAGUUUGUCCUGCAGAACCUGGGGCUGCUGUUCGGCUUUGCCAUCAUGCUGGUCAUCGCGCUGUAUGAAGACAAAAUCGUGCUGGACAUCCAGUUCUGAGCUCUGCAGCUGCUCCAAGGUGCGCGUGGCCCGCGUGGGCCUGCACUGCUCAGAGUGCGAGGACGGAGCCUCGCCGUGGCUGGUGCUCAGCGCUCGCUCCCAGCAGAGGGACAUUUCACCGUGGAGACGGGAACAGACAGGACUCCGCGCGCUAACGUCAGUGUAUGUGUGAUUCAGACUCUUAAAAAAAUCAUAUAAAACACUAAAGUAGUCUCCUUAUUAGUAGAAACUUCUGUGGCUAUGCAGAAAUAGGAAUUGAACCAAAAAAUCAUUUAAACCUUAAGAAUAUUAGAAGCGGACGCUGAGCAGACAAGUCCACGUGCUGAGGAUGAGACUGCCCUUCGCUCGAGCCCCGUCUGGACCGCGCGCCAGGGUCAGCUCGACACAGCCUGGAAGCCGCGCAGCAGACUGGGGGCUGGGGGAGGGCUCAGGCUGCAGGAGACGAUGAAUUAGCGUUGGGAAGCCCUUAUUCUUGAAUCUAGAGUUACUAUUUUUGUAUAUAUUUGCAUAGUGUCUGAACUUGCAGCCUAAACUACUGAAACUUGUGAUUGUAUGUUUGUGUGAGCUUCAGUUUAAUGACAGAUUCAUAAUGGUUCUUUGUACUGUUGUAAUACUUGGUAUUUGGGGUAUUUUUCUGUUUCUUAACCAUAAUUUUGUUUCUGUUUGGGGUUGGGGGGAGGGGCGUGUCAGCAUGUGGUCGUAUGUUUUUCCUUAAGAUGACAACCUCCUGUGACACAUCCGCAAAGUGAACCCAGAUGUGGUCCAGCUAUUCAGUUUUCCAGCUUGGUGACACUGGCUGGGUUCGUGGGGAAAUUCCAGUUCCACGUGUUCGCAGUUUGGCCUUGGGGCCCGGGCGGUGACUGCAGUGAGGCCAGGGUAGCAGAUGGUGACACUGGCAGCCGCGAGGUCAGUCUGAGCUGCAGUCUCUGGCCCCUCUGUGCCAAGAUCUGCUGUAGGUGCCUGACGGGAGGGACCGGUGUCCUGCCCUGUGCGCGCUGUCCUCCUGGCUGUACGUGUGGAUGGGUUGUGAGGCGCGCAGGCCAUGUUUCCCCCGAGCUUGGCGUGGUGGUCUGUCUGCCAGUCCUGCAUGUAGACCUUGUUUACACUUUGUGCCAAGGCUUCUCCCGGCUGGGUCGGCGCACCUGGCUCUGCUGCCUACUGCGUCUCCACCUGCUUGGAGCCGGUGUCGCUCUUCACAGAUCUUCCGGCUCAGCUCGGACACAAGAGAGCCGAACGCUCCAUUCCAUGGGAGGCGUCUCCGUGGAGUCCGCCUGUCCUCCCCGUUCCCCUCCACUUACUCUGUGGAGUUUUGUUUCACAAACAAAACCAAACUUGAGGAGCAUCGUGUGCAUCAGGCGUUGACAGACCUUGAUGCCACAAAGAGGAGAGCAUGUGUGUUGUACAUCUUUAAUUUAUGCUUGAAUCUGGAAAUUGCUUCUGCUUUUCUCGUGGCCUCUUUGUAAUAAGUCGGAGUAUUUUUUUAAAACCACAGAUAUCAUUUUUCCAUGUUGGGCACUGAAUUGAGACAGCCCUCAGCUCACUGCUUGGCUCUUCAAGCAACCUAGCAAAAAGGUGCUGACGUUUGGCUUAGUACUGCCAACCUCAAGGGAUCUUGCUUUCUGAACCAGGAAACACUUCCAGUUCACUUCGGGUCUGUGCCCAGGAGGAUUAUGCAUUCCAGCUUGAAAUCUGCUUCAUUUAAAAGCAACAGCUGGAAUAUAUUCCCAGUCUUAAAAUAAAUGCCUCAUUUAAAGCUGAUAGAUUAUGCUAAGGUAUAUACAGUUUUAUACUCUUCUGAAGUGGUAUUAUCUUUCUUUGCUGGAUUUUCUUAGCUUCCUAAGAGGGCUGUUAACAGUUGCUGCUAGUAUUUUGAUAGGGUUCCACCAGUGUUUAGUUUUGACAUCAUUUUUCUAAUACAUAGUUUGAAGUCUUCUAGACAAUCUCAAUUCUACUACAUUUCUGUUUGGCUCCAACAUUCCAUCAGCGGACCAGGCUCAUCUACCGUGCGUCUGUUGGAGGUCCUUCACGUUACCUGUACGGUGCUGUCACUGUGUGACGUCCAUGUGGGUUUUGGUGUAUAGCACAUUGCACUCCGUCGGCUGUGAUUAUGCUUAGAGGCGCUGUAGUUCCUGUGCACAGUGCGAGUUCUCCAUUAGCGGGGAGUCGGUGGCUUAAUUGUGAUUAUGGUCCUGCAAGGUGAUUCUUGCUAAAAUAUCUAGACUUUUUUUGUUGUAACUGAAAUCAUUUUUAAAAAAUUUAUAAAGCUGGAAAUGAUCAUAUGCUGGUUUUCUUUGUCAACAGUGGUGUGUCAUUUUAUGUAUGUUCCUGAUGCUUACGGAACUCUCCCAAAAUAAAGUUAUU